CUUAAAUGGAUAUCAUUGAUUAUUCUUCUUGGAAUACUAUUCUUUAACCUUUUGGUGGUAGUGCUUUUGGUUUCAAGAAAUCAUAAAUCAAGAAUGCGAUUUUUCGUAAUUAAUCUAGCUAUUGCAGAUUUUUGUGUAGGACUUUUUUUUGUUCUACCUGAAACCCUUUUUAAUUGGUUUGAUGUACAAUGGAAUCCCUAUGUGUGCUAUAUUUACUACGUGUAUUUCUCAAUGGUUCCUUUUUAUGUGUCAACAUAUGCAAUUGUUGUUUUGUCAAUUGACCGUGCAUACGUUAUUGUAAGACCAUUAGCAGCUGCUUCGAAAGGCAAACUUUACCGUUAUGGUAUGGCAUUAUCUGCAUGGAUUAUUGGAUGCAUCCUAGCGAUUCCAUACGGAGUGUUUGGUAAAUAUAGUGAAGAGGAUGUCUAUUGUAUGCAUGAUUCACCAAGUUUAGUAUUGCUAUACGCAGAUCUCACUACUAUUAUCAUAUUACCAAUCGGAAUCAUAACAGUAUGCUACAGUGUUAUCAUUAUUACAAUACGUGGUCGGGAAAGAAAUGGAUUUUUGCGUGGUAAAAACAAUGAUUCAGAUAAUGAUUGUGAUACAAAUGUAAGAAAUAACAGCAUUUCAAAGGCAAAGAUCAGGACCAUUAAACUACUAUGCGUUGUUGUGUGUGCAUACAUUAUUUGCUGGGCUCCAAUUACAAUCGCAGCAGUCUUAAUGCAUCAUGAAAUAGCAGAAUAUGGGCUUUGGUUUAAGGUACUCUACUUACUUGCCCCGGUAAACAGCCUCGCUAAUCCUUUAGUGUUUCUUAUUUUCAACCAGAAAAUGUUUCGUUCGAAAACGAAUAAGACGAAGAAGAAAGUAUUUAGAGGAACAACUUUUAAAACCGAGACAGAAACAUUAUCAUUGGGUAUCUAAAUGUAUACAGACGAUCUGAUGAUGCAUUUCAUUAUCCAUGUGAAAAGUAUGAUAAACAAAAAUGCGACAAAAGACUCCUCAGUUUAGCUAAAGAAAAAAUUGAUAGAAGUUCAGCCCCAAAAAACGACGAAAGAUUAAUCAACAAACAGCAACGAUACAUUUAAAAAAAUACUGUGGUGAAGUAAUUAAAGCAACAGGCUACCGACACAAAGUCCGGUCCUUGUUUCGGGUAGAAAAUUUAGGGAUUUGAAAUUCGGCUUUCCAUUGACACUAUUUGCGUAUAUAGUCUUUAGAAAUAAUGAUAGUUCGUCUGAAGUGGCCGAUAAAUGACUGGCUCAUGUCAAGUAAGAGCAAUAUCUCUUACUCGGAAAAGACAACCUUGUAGAUUGCAUUAAGAGCAUGUAAAUGCUGCUAACCGGCAUCACAUGCAUUCGAAACGAUUACAGGGUUUAAUAGGAGUUGUAA